ACCCUUUAAUAUUAUUUUACAGAUAUCAAAUGGAGGAACUGGAAUUGUUAAUUAAUAACUUUGAUAUCACUAAAUUUGAUAUUAAAACAGAUCACUGGGUACAUGUAGUUCACAUUAUAAAUCCUCAUAAUUUUUAUGUUCGUCCCACCAAAUAUAAUGCAUUUAUUCAAAAGUUAGAAUUAAUUAAACCAACAAUUAAACCAAGCUCUGUAAGUGAACAUGAUUUUGUAAUUUAUAAUAUGGACCAGAAAGGUCAAGAAGCAAAAUAUGCCAGAGGAAAAAUAUUCAAUGGAAGUAAUGAAAAUUGUGACAAAUUUAACAUAUUUGCACUUGACUAUGGAUACUUUCACAGGUCAGUCCCAAAAGAACAUUUAUGGCAAUGUAAUCAAAAUUUGUCCAAAAUUCCACCUUUAGCAUUAUUCUGUCAACUUGCAAAUUGUGCUGCAUUAGGUGGUAAUGAUUGGUCCGAAGAAUCUAUAGAUGCAUUCAAAUAUUAUGUUAAAAAUGAAAGGGCCAGAAUGAUCAUAAUAGACAAGACAUUUGAUAAGCUUGUUGUAGAGUUGAUAAAUUCUAAUCCCAGUGACAUUGCUACUUUGAUGGCUUUGACUGGAUAUUCCACUUUGGGCUAUGUUCAUAAUGCUAUUAGUAGGAUGCCUACAAUAGUUCCAGAAAAAUUAUAUUUCAAAUUUAAAAAUAUUAAUAUCAAUGAAAUGUUACAUGUAAGAGUACAAAGUGGUAGAUCACUUAAUGCGUUUUAUGUGGCUGAAGUAAAUGAUUACCAAAAUUAUAUAACAGAAUAUGAUACAAUAACAUAUUACACAAAAAAAGAACCUAAACUUAUAAAAGAAAAAUUCAAAUUGAAUACACCUAUGUGUAUUAAAAAUGAUUUAGGUAAAUAUGAAAGGGCAAUAAUUAAAGACAUUAUUGUUCCUGAAACAAAAGCUAUAGUUAAACUUGUAGACUGGGGAAAAGAAGAACAAGGACAUAUAGCAAAUAUGAAACAAAUACCUCAACAAUACUUAAAAUUACCUGUUGUAGCUAUUUAUUGCUCAGCUGAAGAAAAACAAGUAUGGGACAAUUCCCUGUAUCGCUUUUUGUGCCCUGGGUUUGAAUUUCUUAUUCAAAUUAAACAGCUGGGGAAAGGGUUUGAAUCUCCAAAUAUAGUUAAAAUAAUACCAUUACAUGGCACUUCAUAA